AUGGAUUACAGCCGUUGGUGGUCCGAACCCCAGGAGCCACCGCCGCAUCACCACCCCGAGUCCCACCUCUCCAGCGCACCGCCGCCGCAGCAUGACCUUCCCCGCCCCGUCGCUUACUCCUCCUACCACUAUCUCUAUCCUAAUCCUCACCCCAACCCUUACCCUCCUAGCGAUCCUGCGACCCCAGUCAGACCUGACGCCCAUCCCAGUCACCACCGGGUCCCCGCCGAUCCCAAUGUCAGUCGCCUCUACGUAACCCGUGGUGUGCACGACGGCCUUCACCCGGCGCCCUACCCUUAUCCUGGACAAGAGCCCGGCCACCGCACGUUCCCCGCAGAUCCCUAUGUCGGUGGCCACUACGCUCCCCCGUGGUGGGCACGAGGGCCUUCACCCGGCAUCCUACUCAUAUCGCGGAGGAGAAGGUCCGGCGGGGGUUUCCGGGGUGUCGUUGUACGUCCACGGUCGUCGUGGUAG